GCCCAACUCAACCACCGUCCGUCCAGUACGUGACAGAGGGGAGUGCGGGAGGGAGCGUACAUACUGGUCUUCGCUUCCAGCGGGAUGAGCCCGGCGCGCCCGAUGCGCCCUGCGAGGAGAGCUCCUGGAGCGUCCCAGAUAUCCAUUAUGUAUUUAUGUAACGGUGUCUAAGAACAAACAUACCUUGGGCGCACCUGUGAGGACCAGCAGACCGUAGUGGAUCUCCCCGUCAUCUUGCAGGUCGACGGUCAUUGUACAGCCACGCGGAGGCGUCACCUCUAUUCAUCCGAGUCCAUUUUGGCCGGGUGGGUUAUCCGUCGGAUGAAAGUCGUGGGCGGAGGGGCGACGUUGAGGCGCAAAAGAAAUCGUCGACACUACCGGUGGCAGUACGGCGGCAGCGGCGGUGGGUGUAUGCUGGCAGGCGAUGGCGGGCAUGUGCUGAUGGGCGACGGCACCGGCGGGUGCUGGCGUCGGUGGCGGCGGCGAGGUUGGUGGGAGGACGGCAGCGGUGAGGGGAACCUGGGAGUUGCAGGAUCCGGCGACUGGGCGCCCGGCGCCACGUCAUGCCUUGAACCUUCCCACUCACAUUCCGCCCGUACUGCGCGACCUCCUCCUCGCUACUCACCCGCGGCGGACCCAAACGCGCUCAAUUCGCCAUGCGCCGCGCUCGCGCUCGCGCAGCUCCUCACAGACAACGAGGCCGCGAAGACGCGCGUCUUCUGGGAGGUCAAGAACGUCGCAACGGAGAGGUUCAUCGACGUGUACGACGAGGCGGACAUGCCCGCGGAGAAGCUCGAUGACAAGGCGCGUGAGCACAUGAGUGACGCGAGCGAGGCGUGGGCGCGCGUGCGCGAUGUGCUCGCGCAGCUCAACCAGGAGAUCAUUGUCCCGUACACUCUCGGCGACCAGCUCCCUCUCGCAGACUCGCCGCAUGACUCGCGUGGCUCAUCACCCUCGCAGGCGGGACGCUCGCCGACGAUGGCACGGCGCACGUCGGCGAGCCUGGCGGCGGGCGGGUUUACGCUCGUGAAGGAUUUCUCCGUCGUGGAGGGGUGGCGGCGCGCUGGCCUGACCGUGCCGGACCCCGAGUCACGCGAACGCCAGAACAGGUUGGCGGCGUUCUGGGAUGCGGUGAGGGAGAGGCUUAAAGAAAUGUAUCCUUCGGGCACACGCUCGGUCAUAAACACGCCUCUGCCGUCCGCACCAGGCUCAUUGUCGGGGACCUUGCCGUCUUCAUGAGCCAUCAAGGUCGGUGGUCAUGCUGACACUGAGGUCGGCGAGAAGAAGGACAACACUAGACAGAUGGGCGUGGCUGGACGGGUGGGGCGUGCGGAUGCGGUGUUCGCGAGGGUCAUGGCUGGAAGAUACUACGCAGAAUGUAGAUACCUGAUACUGUAGCUACUGUAAUAGAUGGUUGUCAAUAUCAUUUAUCUUACCAAUUA